AUGAAAAUCAUUUUGCUGUUAGCGGUUGUGGGCGCUGCAUUAGCCAAUGAGGUUGAUGUCUAUACGACUGCUAAUGAUAAUCUGGAUAUGCAGGCGGUGGUAAACGAUCCAAAGAAGCUACAAGCCAUGACUGACUGCUUCAUGGAUAAAGGCCCAUGUGGUCCUGUAGCUCAGAGUUACAAAUUGAUCGUCCCUGACUCCAUCGCUCGCGCUUGCGACCGUUGUAACGACGCCCAGAAGCAUUUGGCAAACACCUAUGUCCGCGGUCUCUACUGGAAUCUACCAGAUGAAUAUAAAAACUUCAUGAAGAAAUAUGACCCUCAUGGAAUCUACGAAGACAACUUCAGGAAGGCUGUUAAGGAUUAUUGA